AUGAGCCACAGAGCUGUCUACCUCGGAGUCAUUGGCGUUGGCGGCGUUGGGGCACAUUUCCUCACCCAAUUAUCACGACUCCCCAAUGCACCACCGCUCGUCCUACUUGCCCGGUCAUCAGCGACAGUCACAUCUCCCGCCUCAAGUUAUUCCCCUGCGAUUGACCCUGACAACUGGCAGUCCGCUUUCUCAUCUGCCUCUCCCUUCACCAAAUCCGAAGGCUGGAGCCCAGAGCAGAUAGCUUCCUACCUGUCCCAGGCGCCAGGUCGCGUUGUGCUGGUAGACAAUACCUCAGACCCCACAAUCGCGGACGCCUACCCCUUCUUCCUCAGCAAGGGUAUUAGCAUCGUGACCCCGAACAAGAAAGCAUUCUCCUCCUCCUUCGACACGUGGAAGAACAUCUUCGAUGCGGCCGCCAGCAGCUCCUCUCUCGUAUACCAUGAAAGCACUGUCGGCGCCGGCUUGCCCGUGAUCUCCACCCUCCGCGAUCUUGUAGCAACCGGCGACCGCGUCACUCGAAUUGAAGGCGUGUUCUCGGGAACGCUCUCCUUCCUAUUCAAUACUUUCGCCCCUGCUAUAGCUCCCUCUGGUGCCCCUGCGCAUAAAUGGAGCCAGGUCGUCUCCCAAGCCAAGAGUCUCGGGUACACUGAACCGGAUCCUCGCGAUGAUCUGAAUGGAAUGGACGUUGCCAGGAAACUAACCAUCCUAGCCCGGAUUGCCGGCUUGAAGGUUCAGAGCCCUGAAUCUUUCCCGAUCGAGAGCCUGAUCCCGGCGGAACUUGAAGCGGUCGCUAGUGCUGAUGAGUUUAUGCAACGUCUUCCUGACUUCGAUGACCAGAUGGAUGCGAUCAAGAGGCAAGCAGAGACUGAAGGGAAAGUUGUGAGAUACGUUGGCGAUGUGGAUGUCCUGGGUGAGGCUGUUAAGGUUGGGCUGAAGAAGUUUGACAAGGAUAGUGCCAUUGCGGGCCUAAAGGGAAGCGACAAUAUUAUAAGUUUUUAUACCGAAAGAUACGGGAAUAACCCUUUGAUUAUUCAGGGUGCUGGAGCUGGAGGUGCUGUUACUGCUAUGGGAGUUUUGGCGGAUCUUAUCAAGGUCCUGGAGCGGCUACACUAG